AUGUCCUGUCCACAGAGAAAGAAAGCUCUGCCUUGUGCCAUGCUGCUGCUACUCCUGAGCUUUCAGUUUGUUAUCACUCCUGUCCCGAAAGUCAACAAGGAAAGGUCAUCUAUUUAUUUUCCUCCAACAGUGGAGUUUGCCGUGCACACAUUCAACCAGAAAAGUGAGGAUGAAUAUGCCUACAGACUGGAACAUAUCCUGAGUUCCUGGCAGGAGGAGGUGAUUUUUCUAUUUGUUUUCUCCAUGAGGCUUCAGCUGCGUAGAACCACAUGCAAGAAAUUUGAGGAGAGCCUCGACACUUGCCCCUUUCAGGAGAGUCAUAAUCUGAAUAAUACCUUCACUUCCCUGUUCACUGUUGGAACCUAUCCCUGGGUAGCUGAAUUCCAGCUCUUCAAGCAUGAGUGUUCAUCGUUCCUCUGA